GGGUUGUAAAAAACGUUGCAAGAUACACUUGGCAAGUUGUAAUAAACAGUCGUAUCUAUUGCAUAAGAUGAAUUAAUUUAUGAAAUAGUUAAUAUUGAACGAAUCGACUGGAUUUGUUUUGUUACGGAUAUAAAAUCCAGUUUUGAAAUAAAUCAGAACAUAUGUUAGUGUCACCUCCUGUCUGUUAUCAUUCAGGCAAAAACGAUCAUGUGAAAAGAUGUUUUUUUUUUUUGUUUUGGGUAUUCGCCAGCAAUCGCGUUUCGGGCUGGGGCACAUUUGUCUGACGACAACAGGAAGAUAACUAAGUAGGAUCCUCAUCUGAGUCGAGCUUGUUUCUCUUUUAAAAGAGAUUGCGGGAAAAUUCAGGCGUUCCAUUUAUUUAGACAGCUCUGUUGAUACCUGCACGGCUGUAAUCUUUACUCGGGACAAGGCAUUUGGUAAGGGGAAAAUGUGAACAGGCUUAAAGUAUGGCAUGCAAAGAUGGUUUCUGCCAAGAAGGAGAUGGUGAUUGCGAUGUCCUCCAGUUACAUUUCUACUCUAAUAUACUUUCUCUACAUGACAGCCUGUAUAAGGAAAACCUCAGGACAGAUAAAAAAGGAUGAGAAAAUAUAUCCAGAAAAUUUCACACGCAUACUGGACCGACUUCUGGAUGGUUAUGAUAGCAGGCUGCGACCUGGUUUUGGGGGUCCAGUUACUGUAGUCAAAACUGAUAUAUAUGUGACAAGCUUUGGACCCGUAUCGGAUGUUGAAAUGGAAUAUACAAUGGACGUCUUCUUUCGUCAAACCUGGGUAGACAAGAGACUAAAGUAUGAAGGCCCCAUUGAAAUACUAAGGCUAAACAACCUAAUGGUCACAAAAGUGUGGACACCUGAUACUUUCUUUAGAAAUGGGAAAAAAUCUGUCUCACACAACAUGACAGCCCCAAACAAGUUAUUUCGAAUCAUGAAAAAUGGGACCAUUCUGUAUACAAUGAGGCUUACCAUAAAUGCAGAGUGCCCGAUGCGACUAAUGGAUUUCCCAAUGGAUGGACAUGCUUGUCCUCUUAAGUUUGGAAGCUAUGCAUAUCCGAAAACUGAGAUGAUUUAUACUUGGAAAAAAGGGCCAGAAAACUCAGUAGAAGUCCCCCAAGAGUCUUCCAGUUUGGUUCAAUAUGAUCUGAUUGGACAGACGGUGUCUAGUGAAAUUGUCAAGUCUAUUACAGGCGAAUAUAUUGUGAUGACAGUUCAUUUCCAUUUGAAACGGAAAAUGGGCUACUUUAUGAUUCAGACAUAUAUACCAUGCAUUAUGACAGUAAUCCUCUCUCAAGUAUCAUUUUGGAUUAAUAAAGAAUCUGUCCCUGCUAGAACUGUAUUUGGGAUAACUACAGUUUUGACAAUGACAACACUUAGCAUCAGUGCAAGGCACUCCUUGCCUAAAGUCUCCUACGCCACAGCAAUGGACUGGUUCAUAGCUGUCUGCUUCGCUUUUGUGUUUUCUGCUCUCAUUGAGUUUGCUGCUGUCAACUACUUCACAAAUACUCAAAUAGAAAAGGCCAAAAAGAAGAUAGGGAAAUCUUCGCCUGCACCUAAAGCUUCUGCAGGAACGAGAGCAAAUGACACUGAUGAAAUACUUCAGAAUCCUGAUACAAAUGGGAACUUGAGGAAACGAAUGAACUACAUGACACAGCCAGAUGCCAACAGUGGACAAAGAACUGACACUGGAAGCAAUUCUAAAGGUGGGGUGAUAAGGCAAUCUUUAGUUGGCCAGGUUCCUUCUGCAGUUGCCCCAUCAUCUUUUUCUCACUCCAGCCCUAAUCCAUUCAGUCUUGUAAAUGUACACCCACCAGUUUUAACAUCAGGAAGCACACCCCCGGCACCGCCCUCAUCCCCAACCCUGCCUAGUCACAUACCGACAAACAGAAUUGUUGGACCAGCUUCUAUUCAGCACCUGCUUGGCCCCAAGCUUGAACAUAUUCAAGCAACAGCAACUAUAAAGAAAGCACAUGUAAAACAACCCUCCUCCAGCUCUGCACCGCCUGCUCCUUCUCCUGGUUCUGGAACAAGUAAAAUUGACAAGUACGCACGCAUUCUGUUUCCAGUUUCUUUUGGGGCUUUUAACAUGGUUUACUGGGUAGUCUACUUAUCAAAAGACACCAUGGAGCCCGAAAGUUAAGUCUGAUAUUUUAGCUAUGUCUUUCUUCACACUGCAAAAAAGUAACACCAUUAGGGGCUUCUUUGAAUCUAGUUUCUAAGAGUGUCACGGUUUUAUGAACAUUGAAAGUAAGGAACAUGUAAAAUACAAUUACCUCAGCAUAAUCAGCAACAAAUAUCUACUCCUAAAAUAAAACACAAAAUAAUAAUAAUACAUUCAUAUGUUGUCAAAAAGGUCCUUGAAAAUGAGCAUGUAAAAAAAAAAUCCAAAAUUGUGUUAAACUGUGUUUUUUUUUUUUUUUUGAUGGAUGUAUCUGGAUGUCAGUGGCAAACUAUGUACAAUAAUGUUUACUGUCUCUGUUAAUUAAAAAAAAACUUUAAUUACAUUAAAAAAAGAAGUAUACACAAAAGGAAAUUUAAAUUAAUCUAGUCCAUUUGCAGGAGGAAAAUAAAUAACAUGGCAAUAUUAUUCUAUAGACUUUUGUGGAGUGUACAAUGGUCUCGAAGUUUACGUUGCUGUUUUACGUUUCUCAAUUUCACAUACGUUUGAUUUCCAGACAUACUGUCCUUCAGUAAGUCCCAUUUAAACCCAUCCAUAGAUUUUCUCAAGACAAAAUCUUUACCCGUUUCUAUGACAAAUAGUUACAAAAAAACACUUUCCCAAUGACCAAAAGUGCACAAAAAGGUUUUUUUCCCUGCUGUUUUUCUCUUUCUGUGCAAUAGGCAGAACUAAAGGAUUCUGCUUCCUGUGUCAAGGCAGGAGAAGUUUGGGGUGGGAGAGAACCCCAGUGAAACAGACUGUAUAUCUAUGACUUGGAGGUACAACUGAAAAGCAACCUGUGAUCUUAAUUAAGCAAAAUGGAGAAAGGGGGCAGUGCACAAAAACAAAACAGAAGUAAUACGAAGGUAUUUUCUCUCAGCAGUCCACAUUUGAAAGCACCCUAUUUAUAGAUUCGCAAAAACCGAUGUCAGUUUCUAUAUAAAGUUGUUAUACCAGUCUUCAUGCUGCUUUACAAAUAUAUGCAUUAGGUUGCCGUAGUUCUGUUGGGUUAUAUAGUGCUGUCACACAGUCUACAACUGUCAAACCUGAUACAGCAACCAAAAGUGUGACGUUUUUAUAAAUCACGUGGAAAUUAAAUGAAUGAGUUUCAUUUCAGAAAUGUACUCUUUAAAGUCGUUCUUGAAUAAAUCAAAGUUAAUAGGCAUAUCAAAAUGUUCUGUAGGUGGCGCCAUUUCAUAAUUAUGUUGAUGCAGUCGUGGCUUUAAAAAUCAAAGUACCUGUAUGGUUUUGUAGUGUGGUGCAAAGCACAUGUACAAAGAAAUAUAUCUUGUGAAUUCAAUGCCGUUCUCAAAAUGAGUACUCUCGUUCCAUAACACUGGAUACAUUCCAAGUUUAAAUACACUGUAUAUUUCAUGGGGCUGUAUGACACUAAGACCCUGUACAUAUUAUGCCUUUAAACCAUAUUAGCUGCUUUUAAACCGAUUUAAAAACGCUAAAUACGGUUAGAGUCUACACUGCGCAGCAUUUAAUACCGUACUUGAGAACCAGACUCAAGACCACCUCAGGGGGUAGUCUCGAGUCCGGUUCUAAAUAAGAUCACAUCAGUCAGUGUGGUUUGUGAGAAGUCCUGACGCUGUAUUACCAAACUACAUUUUUUGUGCGUCCUCCAAUAUCCAAAAAUGCUUUCUGAUAUGUUUUGGCACGUGGACAUUACAAAUACAGAACUGGCACAUGAAGGAGUGGAGAACGACUAUCAAUACUGCUAUACCGUAUACAUUUUGAGUCUUGUUGUAAAAUGGUGGAUCAUGGAGCAACGUGAUCAGAUGCCAAAAUCAAAGCUUUGGGAAUUUAAAUUAGUUAUGAUGUCUGGAUAUUAUAAUGAGAAUGUUUAUCACAACAAACUUUUAGUCCAUGUUAUCUUGUAUACUGUCUGAAAAAAAGGUAUUAGGAAAUUGAGAAAUAACAACAAAAAAAAAACCUCUAUACAGAAUGUGUUUAUAUAGAAUGUUAAUGGUGUUUGUGUGUUUUAUAGUCAGAACUUACUAUUGUCCUAUGCAAAAGAAAAUACAGUAGUGAUAAUAGUGCAGGCGCCUCAAAUGUAUUUUCUAAUGUCAUUGUCAACACACAUAGCAUAUUUGAUGAUACAGUAUAAUGUAGAAAAAUGCUGCCAUUGUACCCUAUUGGAAAUUUAUAAACAACCUAAUUUGUAAAACACGUAUAACUGCUAAAUGUGUGUUUUAUUUGUAUUCUUUCAAUGUACUGUUUAUACCUUAUGGGUUUUUGCUGCAUGUGUAUAUACUAGAAAACAUGAACAAUGCUAAUUUUAAAAUCCCCCCAGAAUAAAAUCUGCUAUACCCUGGAUAUAUAUAUAUAUAUAUAUAUGUCCAUGGUAUAUAUACCAAAUAGUCUGCCUCUUGCUUCAUAUAUGUAUAUUAUCUACUAUAGCAAACUAAAUAAUUCCACACAUCUAACCCAGUUUGUAUUUCUAUAUAAGUUACAUUUCUCAAACCAAAACUUCUGACUUGCCUAAAAACUCACAAGUUACAAAAAAGGGAUCAGACUAUAAAAGAUGUAAUUGGAGGAUACUUGGUCCCACUUUUCAAUCCCAGUGCAGUUCUUACAUUCAAACACCACUUUGCCUAAACUGACCAGUAAUCCAAAUAUCCAUGGGACACAUACGUUGUCAGUUUGAGUUUUUUGUAAAGCACAACUGCAAUCCAGAAACAGCAUUUACAAAAUUACCCUGUAGUUUACACUUUGUUCUUUUUGUGACCAUUCCCUGUUACUAGGAUACACCUUGUCAUGUUGGAGCCUUAUGAAGGUGAAGCUCAGGAGGAACGGUACUCCCGGUUCAAAGAUUUUUUACUCAUGCACUGGGCCUGAGUGAAAUGAGCCCAAGAACCCACUAAACAAAAAAACAGACACAACACUUAUAAUACGAUAACAGCUUCUUUCAGAGAAAUUAUAUUUAUUAAAAAUACACUGCUUCUAUUCACAACACAUUCUCAAUUUAAAAACAUGUAUUUGUUUACAACAUCGUUCUGUCCUUCAAGAAUGUCAUCCUAUUUUUAAUCUUUUGGAAGAAGAAAAAUAGCUACCUUCAGAGAGAAUAUGUUCAUCAAGAGUUUAGGCCCUCAGUUUAAAAAUGAUAAGUUUAAAACAAUAAUCUUUUCUUUAAGAACUAAAUUUGAAAAAAGCUUUAUAAAAUUCAGUACCGUGUUGUGCAGGCAUACAAAACAAUGUUUUCCACCCAUCUAAAACUAAGUGUUAGCAUAUUCUACUUAUAUGACAUAUAAGAUAACUGGAUCCCAAACAGAUAAGCUAUCAAGACGUUGCUGAGGCUGUUUAUACAAGCAAGGGCCAUUUGUUACAAGUUACAUUUAACCAGCCCUAAAGUUAAGUAGUCAUGCAGCAAGGGUUAGUCAAUUCAACUGUUUCAUAAUGAUUGACAUGGCUGUACAGAACAACAUACUUAUCUGAGAGUAAUUGAUGUUUUUAUAUUUCCAAUUUAUAGCAUCUAAAUUGCAAUGUCCCAGAUGGAAAUUGCAUUCACAAAAGCAUCAUUCAAACAGUCAAAUGCUAAUUUUGUGUCUGAACCAUAUAUAAUGUGAUGGUUAAGUGCUAAUCAAUAAAAUAAUGAUGGACUACCC